GUGGCGGAGGUGGUGGAGUGGAGGAGCUCAAGGCACGCCUGCCUCUGCACUUCCACACACACAGCAGGCCACCAGGUAGCAAAGCAACCAAGUGUGGUGAGGGCAGCAGUUACAAGGGUAGGAGGGUGGUGGGGGGAGCUCCAGGCACGCCUGCUGAUGCAUUCGAGCGCUGCGGGCCAGCAGGUAGCAAAGCAAGCAAGGGUGGUGAGGGAGGGAAUGGGCUCUCGGGCGUGGCGGGGCCCCAACGCGCUGCCCUUGAGUCCCGCGCACUGGAGGUUUGCCUGGAGUCUGCCUGUGGGACCCUCGACGCUGAGGUGAGGGCUGAAGGGGUUAGUGGGGCAGGGGGUGCUGAGACCACCCGUGUGGAGCAGGAGGCAUACCCGGCACUGGACGAGCUCACAGCGUCCGUGUCAACGUUGAACCUGGAAAGGGUGCGGCAGAUCAAGAGCCGCCUCGUUGUCAUCUCGGGCCGUGUGCAGAAGGUUCGAGAUGAGCUAGAGCAGUUGCUAGACGACGAUGAGGACAUGGACGAGAUGUAUUUGACAGACAAGCUGCUGCAGCAGCGGCAGGCGGCGGCAGAGCAGCAGCAGGAGGAGGAGGAGAUGCGCGAGGAGGAGGAGCGGCAGCGGCUGCUCCAGCAACAUCAGCAGCACGUGCACGGGCGGGCAGAGGAUAAGUUCAGCUUUGGCGUGCCAUCCCACUCUGGAUCCUCUGCCUGUGGAGGGAAAAGGGGAGGAGGAGUUUCUGAAAGGGAAGAGGAUUGUCCGAGCUCUGGUAGUGCUUCUCCUCCUGAACUGGAUAACAUUCCUCCGGAUGGAGAUGGUUCGGAAGGUGCAGGUUCGGAAGGUGUAGGCUCAGAAGAUGCAGGUUCGGAGGAUGUAGGUUCGGAAGGUGUAGGUUCGGAGGGUGCAGGUUCGGAGGGCACAGGUUCAGAUGGUGCAGGGUCAGACGGGCAUGAGCCGUUGCUGCUAGCGAUUGGUCGACAUGACCAUGCAAGCUCAGAAUCGCAGCACCGUCCCCCUUCGUCCCAGCAUUCAAAUCCGACCGUCCAUUCGUCUCUCUCUCACCUCUCCCCCACAGGACCCUCUCCCAGCCUUCCCCGCCUCUCCAUCUAUUCUGCCAGCGGCCGCUCACACUCUCAUUCUCACUCGCACUCGCACUCUCGCGGGCACUCCCACUCGCGCUCCCACGCACAGCACCCUGACCACCACCGGCAUUCAACUCACUCUCUUCCCAGCGUGGCUGAGCAUGGGCCAGGGGUAGGCUCAGUGGGUUCUCUUCCGGGUGGGAUCGGUGGUGAGGUUUUGGGGUCAGAAGAGGGAAGUGACGGUAGAGGAAGUGGCAGUAAAGGGAGCAGAGGGAGCAGAGGCAGCCGCAGUCGCAGCCACAGCCGUGGGAGUGGUAAGAGUGGGAGUGGUAAGAGUGGGAGCAGCAGGAGUAGCAGCAGUAGCAGCAGCAGCAGCAGCAGCAGCAGCAGCAGCAGCCGCAGCAGUGGGAGCAAGAAGUGGGAUGUAGAGGAGCUGGAGAUGCUUCUAGAGGCGUACUUCGUGCAGAUUGAAGGAACACUCAACAAGCUGUCAUCGCUGAGGGAGUACGUGGAGGACACGGAGGACUACAUCAACAUCAUGCUGGACGAGAAGCAGAACAGCCUGCUGCAGAUGAACGUGCUGCUCACCACCGCCACUCUCUUCAUCUCCUUCUUCAUCGUUGUCACGGGGGUGUUCGGGAUGAACAUCGACUGCUCGUAUUUCGACCCGGAGAACCCGGCCAAUUAUAGCGUGUUCUAUUAUGUUGUGAUUGGGAGCAGUGUAGCGUGUAUCGCGUCGUUUAUUUUGGCGGUGGUGUACAUGCGCAGCAGAGGGCUCAUUGUGCCAUCGGCAUGA